AUGGCCAAAACAUUUAGUAAGGAGGACGUGGCUAAAAACAACAAGCCUGAUAGCCUUUGGAUUAUCGUUGACGAAGACGUAUACGACCUGACCAAAUUCCAGGACGAACAUCCAGCUCCGCGAAUAGGUGGAAAGAAGAUUCUCACAAGAGUGGCUGGUAAAGACGCCUCGAAACAGUUCUGGAAAUACCACAAUGAGGGGAUCCUGAAAAAGUACAAGUCGCAAUUGCAGAUUGGGUCAUUAGACUCUAAGAAAGCCCCUGAAGCCCCGGCUGCGGCUGCGACGGAAGCACCCAAAAAGCCCCAGGCCGCACAGCCUGUUGAUGUCUCCUCUGCGCAGUCGGCAGGUCCUCAGGAUCCUUAUGGUGAUUUGAUUCCAUUUGCCGAUCCCUCAUGGUACCAAGGAUACCACUCUCCUUACUUCAACCAGACCCAUGCCGCGCUCCGUGCGGAGGUGCGGGAAUGGGUUGAGAAGGAGAUCGAACCAUAUGUGACGGAGUGGGAUGAGGCCAAGGAGGUUCCUGCCAAGAUCUACAAGCAAAUGGGCGAGCGCGGGUAUCUCGCAGGUCUACUCGGUGUCAAGUACCCCACGCAAUACACCCCGCACCGGGUGCAGUCGGUUGCGCCUGAGAACUGGGAUCUCUUCCACGAGAUGCUUCUAACAGAUGAGCUUUCCCGUGCUGGCAGUGGUGGUCUGGUUUGGAACCUGAUCGGCGGCUAUGGCAUUGGAUGUCCCCCGCUGGUGAAGUAUGGUAAGAAGGCACUUGUGGACCGCAUCCUGCCUGGUAUUCUCGCAGGUGACAAGCGCAUCUGUCUUGCUAUUACUGAGCCCGAUGCUGGUAGCGAUGUUGCCAACCUUACCUGCGAAGCGAAGCUCUCUGAAGAUGGCAAGCAUUAUAUCGUCAAUGGCGAGAAGAAGUGGAUUACGAACGGUGUCUGGUCUGAUUACUUCACGACUGCGGUUCGUACUGGCGGCCCUGGAAUGAACGGAAUUUCAGUACUUUUGAUUGAGAGAGAAGCUGGUGGUGUCAGCACUCGGCGCAUGGACUGCCAGGGUGUCUGGAGCAGCGGUACCACGUACGUCACGUUCGAGGACGUUAAGGUUCCCGUGGAGAACCUCAUUGGCAAGGAGAACCAGGGAUUUAAGGGUAAGUCAAGUCAGCCCUAUUUCGUCGUCGCAUCAGUAUUGACGGAAUAUCUAGUUAUCAUGACCAACUUCAACCACGAGCGAAUUGGUAUCAUUAUCCAGUGUCUCCGCUUCUCCCGCGUCUGCUACGAGGAAUCCAUGAAAUACGCCCACAAGCGCAGGACAUUCGGCCAGAAGCUCGUCAACCACCCUGUCAUCCGUAUGAAGCUGGCCCACAUGGCCCGCCAGAUUGAAGCCAGCUACAACUGGCUCGAGAACAUCAUAUUCCAGUGCCAGUCGAUGGAAGAGACCGAGGCGAUGCUCAAGCUUGGCGGUGCCAUUGCCGGUCUCAAGGCCCAGUCGACGACGACUUUCGAGUACUGCGCGCGCGAAGCCAGUCAGAUCUUUGGAGGCUUGAGUUAUAGCCGUGGUGGACAAGGUGGUAAGAUCGAGAGAUUGUACCGUGAUGUGCGUGCGUAUGCUAUCCCUGGUGGAAGUGAGGAAAUCAUGUUGGAUCUGAGCAUGCGGCAGAGUCUACGUGUGCAUCAGAUGUUUGGUAUGAAACUGUAGGGUUGGAAACUAUCUUGUACCUUGGGACCUUGGUUAUUUAUCCCUUUUUUUUUGCUAGAUAGGUAGAGACCUUUGGAAUUCGAUUGUAC